AUGAGUUACGGAGAAAAAGACAACAUUUAUUCAAUAAAUAUAAAUGAAGAAGAUAAGAAUGAAGUGAGGAAUAAAAAUAACCAAAUUAUGGGACAUAAAAGUUUACGAUCACAUUCAUUAUAUCAGAUGCCAGAUCAGUUAGUUGAUGCUGUACAAAAAGCUGAAUUAUAUUUAUAUAGUUCAAGUGAUUUUAUAAUUGAUCUUAAAAAAUAUGAAGAGAAUGAUUUGGUAAAUAUUGAAAAUUCCAAAAAUAAUAUUGAAGAAAAACGUGAUUUAUUUGAUAUGUUAUUAACUAAAUGGGAAGAUAGUAAAAAAUUUAAUGUUUUCAAUUACUCAAUUAAUUAUGAACCAUUUUGUCCUUAUAGAUUUAAUUUUACCAAACUUCAUCCAUCUGAAGUAUUGGUAUAUCUUGGAUGUACUGAUAGAAUUGAUGAAGAUUAUAGUAUUGAACAAAAUAUUAUUGCUGUUAAUGCUAGUCCAAUUGAAAGAGGUCAUUCAUUAAUAAUACCUUCAGUUAAUAAAAAAUUACCUCAAAUUAUAACACCACAAGCUAUUAGAAUGGCCACUGAAAUAAUGUUAAUGACAAAAAAUAGAGACUAUCAUGUUUUAUAUAAUAGUUUAUUGGGCCAGGCUAGUGUCAAUCAUCUUCAUUUACAUUUUAUGCCAUGGCCAUAUGAAAGUGAUUUAAUAUAUAGGAAAUUUGAACAUAUCUUUAAAAAUUUAUACUUUAUUCAUCCACCAAAUUGGUUUAUUCAUUGUUUUUGUAUACAAUUAGAAUCAUUACAAAAAUUAGAUGAAUUUCUUAAUACAACAAAUUGUGUUGCACAUAAAUUAUUAGAAAAUAAAAUUGCACAUAAUUUCUUUUUUACAAGAGCACCACCUAUAAGAAUUACAGGUUUAGAUAGAGAAGAAAUUAAUAUUACAGAACAUCCAUCUCUUGUAACAUUAUAUAUAUUUCCCCGUAAAAGUGUUACAGGAGCUAAACCACCAACAAAUUUUAAUCCUGCUGCAUUAGAGUUGGCUGGAUGUAUGACAGCAUAUACAUAUAGAUUUUUUGAAAAUGCCGAUGAAAUUGGAGUUCUUCGUAUAGUAAAUGAUGAUGCAUUACUUGAAGAAGAUGUGAUUCAAAUGAUAAUUAAAAAAAUUAAUGUUUCAUUAAAUAAUUAA